AAGGGAUAGAAACGAGAGAUCGCCACUCACAGAAGGAAAUCUUUUGAGUUUUUUAAGUGCUCCGUUUUUUCACUUUCAUGAGUUCGAAACAGUGGAUAAUGUUGAGAGUUUUCAUGUGGAAAACUUGGCGUGACAGUUAAACUCAUGAUCAAAGCUUCAAAAAUCGUAAGGAGUUUUCAGUUUAGAGUCUGUCUUAGAUAAUGAUCUAUGUAGAUGAAACAGAGGAGAAAAGUGUUUCAGACAUAUAUUUAGCUUUUGAGCCAAGAAAUGUUCAAGUGAAAAUAGGAACAGAUGUCAAGGAAGAAUACAAUUUGCAUGCCGAACUUGGCAGAGGCAAGUUCGGGACGGUCUACAAAUGCACGGAGAAAACUACUGGGCGAAAACUUGCUGCCAAAUUCAUCUACACCCCACGACUGGAAGAUCGUAAAGAUGUGGAGAGGGAGGUAGAAAUAAUGAGAUUGCUUCAGCAUCCUCGUUUGCUUCAACUCUAUGAUGCUUUUGAUGACGGAAAAAAAGAAAUGUGCCUUAUUCUAGAAUUGAUAGAAGGAGGAGAAUUGUUUGAAAGAGUAAUUAGUGAUGAUUUUGUAUUAACAGAAAAAGCAUGCUCUAUUUUUGUACGACAGAUAUGUGAAGGUGUAGAAUAUAUGCAUAGCAAAAAUAUUUUACAUUUGGAUAUGAAGCCAGAAAAUAUUCUAUGCAUGACGAGAACAGGGAACCAAAUAAAGAUUAUAGAUUUUGGAUUAGCAAGAAAAUAUGAUCCUAGUAAAAAAUUACAAGUUUUGUUUGGUACGCCAGAAUUCGUAGCUCCUGAAGUAGUAAAUUUUGACAAAGUUUCCUAUACUACAGACAUGUGGAGUGUUGGAGUUAUAUGUUAUGUGUUAUUGUCUGGCUUGUCACCCUUUAUGGGAGACACAGAAUUAGAAACAAUGGGAAACGUUACAAAAGCCGUAUUUGAUUUUGAAGAUGAAAGCUUUUCGAAUAUUUCUCAAGUAGCUAAAGAUUUCAUUUCUAAGUUAUUAAUAAAAGAUUUAACGCGGAGAAUGACUGCAACACAAGGUUUGAAACAUCCCUGGUUGAAGAAGGGUGAACCAAAGAAAGAUACAAAAUUAGACAAAAAGAGAUUGAAAAGAUUUGUUAUCCGUAGAAGGUGGCAGAAAGCUGUGAAUGCUCUUUUAGCCCUAAAAGCCAUGGGAGCCACAAUUUGAUGUCAUUUCAAUUAAGCUCAAAGACUGUAUUUUCUAUUAUGAAUGUUUUAAAAUUUAAAUAUCUUUUCAUUUUCAAAAA